GUGUUGCCGGCAUAUUGGCGGGAUACUGCAAGCACUUAUGAGGUCCGAUUGUGGUUUAAACUGGGUCGAGGCACCGAAGAUAUCGGCGAAUGCUUAUAUAAAAUUCGUGAUGAUAGUGUUAGACCAAGACAUUUCCUUGGCGCAGACAAUGAGGAUGAAAUAGAAGCCAUACUCUCAGAUCGCGAGGGUCAUUCCUUACACGAAUUCAUCGAUGGGGAUGAGCCUCUCCGGCCUAUCAUUGAUUUUGACUUACCUGUAGAAACAUUAGAUGCUAUAACUCCCCAGCUUUCACGCAAACAGGCGAAAAAUUUAUUAUGUUGCGCUUUUAGAGAUACUU